AUGAAGGCCAGCCUCUUCCUCCUCGCUGCCUCCACGGCCCUGGCUGCUCCCCUCGAGAGCUCCCCCGCUGCUGUCCCUCGUAGCGAGUUGGGAUCAUUCCCUCUCAACGAGCUCGAGGAGUACUACAAGACGGCUUACACUGUCAAGGCGGCCGACACUGAUGGACUCCACCCCGCCAUCUCCAAGCGCCAGUACAACGGCGACACCUUCAACCAGCUGACCGACGGCUCCGCCUGCCGCAAGGUCACUCUCAUCUGGGCCCGCGGCACCACACAGGCUGGAAACGUCGGUGAGGCGGGCUCCGAGGGCCCGACCUUCUUCAACGCCCUCGCCGCGCGCAUCGGUGCCGCGAACCUUGCCGUUCAGGGCGUCAGCUACUCCGCCAGCAUCUUUGGUUUCCUCCAGGGUGGUGACCCGGCUGGUAGCACCACGAUGGCCAACUUGGUUUCCCAGGCUGCUACCAGAUGCCCCAACACGAAGAUUGUCCUCUCCGGUUACAGCCAGGGUGGCCAGCUCGUCCACAACGCGGCGAAGAAGCUGACUACUGCCCUGACCAACAAAAUCUCUGCUGUUCUCAUCUUCGGCGACCCAUUCGACGGCCAGCCCGUCGGCAACAUCCCCGCCUCCAAGGUCAAGAUCAUCUGCCACGAUGGUGACAACAUUUGCGACGGCGGCAUUAUCAUCACCGCCGACCACCGCAACUACGAGCAGGAUGCUCCUGCUGCUGCUGCUUUCGUCGCCGGCCUUGUCCAGUAA